AUGACCCUUUCCUGCCUCUUUUAUGCCUUUGCAUGCAUUUCUAUCGCAUUUCUGACCUGCUUCACUAUCAUCUUCUCCUUUGGCAUUGUGGAGAGGAAUACUGAUGUGAAAGGGAGAGCAAUUGUAAUUCUCGUGUCCAACAGCUCCAUUGGGAGGAUGUUUGCGAGGAAUCUGGAUAAAGCAGGUUUCAGGGUGUCUGCUGCACACUGGCCUCCUCGAGAGGAAGGGACAGCUACCAAAGAAGAGUGCUCUUCAAGCACGGAAGUAGCCCAGCUCCACAUGACUGAAGACGAGUAUCAGAAGACAGUGAAAACCUUCAUAGAAAGCCACUUAUCCCUGAAAGGCAUGUAUGGGCCGAUGAAGAAGCCAUCGAUCCUGAUAUGGGAAGAAGAAGAACCAGACUCAUGCAGAGAGAAACCCGAGAGAAAAACACUUGAGAGAAAAAACUCGUAUAAAUGGAAGACGGUUUUCAAGGCUCCAGGUUUCUGGGGGCUUGUCAACAAUGCAGGAAUAUCAACAUUUGGUGAGACAGGGUGGCUGUCUAUGGAGAAAUAUGAAAAAUUUGCAGAUGUGAAUCUCCUUGGGAGCAUCAGGACAACCCUGGCAUUUCUUCCUCUUCUAAGGAAAUACAAGGGACGUAUUGUUUUCAUGUCCAGCAUUAUUGCCUAUUUUGCUCUGGGAAAUGGCAUUUAUUCUAUGACCAAGGCAGCUAUCGAAAAAUUUUGUGAUGCUCUAAGACUGGAAAUGAAGAAGUUUGGUGUCCGGGUCUGUAUUAUUCAGCCAGGAAAUUAUGCACGCUCUACAAAAAUUCAGCCACCAGUCAGUGCCGAAGAGAUUUGGAAUGAACUCAGUGAAGAGGAAAAGGCAGUUUACAAUAAGGAGUAUGUUCAAGAGCGGGCAAACUUUUUCAACAGCAUUCUCAGCGAAGGAAGCACUAACGGCAGUGAAGUUGUAGAUGCUAUGGUAGAUGCUUUAACGUCUCCUGCACCCAAGGCACGUUACAUGGUAGCAAAGCUGAAGGAAAAAGUACUGGUAUUUGUCUGUGCUUUAUUCCCGACUGUUGUGAUGGAUUCCGUUUUGUCUUACGCUCUGAGUAAAGUAAAACUUGCAUAG